AUGGCUAUGAGCGCCCUCGAGGCUGUUCUGUUUAGGAUUGGAAGCCUCGAGAGGGAGGUGUCGAGCCUUGCCCGCCAGGAACGCAGAUUCGACCAGUUCGAGCAGGAGCUUUCCAGACAGAACAGGUUGGAAAAUGUCGGGAAGGACCUGGCGAGAGUCGAGAGGGAGGUCGCGAAGGUCUCGCAGACCAUCAGUUCCCUCGGGGCGGAACUGAAGAGUUUCUCGGUGGAGAUCACCUCACGGAUGAAACACAUCGAGGUCUACCCCGCCGAGCAUGCGGGAUACGGUGCGAAGCCGCCGGCUAAGGAUUAG